AUGUUCUCCGACAGAGAAUCUCCGCUAUCUUCAGCAAGCAGUACUGCCUCUCUUGAGAACAAUGACUCUCUGACGCUCGAACACCUCGUCAAGCACUUUGUCGCCGCCAAACGCUCUCUCAACACCCAGACGGUACUAUGGCGUGCAACCGAUAUCGUCAACACAGCACGCGAGCUGCUCGAGGAGAAUGCAGUCCUCGCUGCUAAGAAUACAGCCACGCGCAACCUGGUCGAGCAGCAGGUGGAUGCGCUGGAAGCUGUUCGUCGCGGCGUCGACGUGGUAGAAGUGCAGGUCCAGGCCGACUUCAAGCAACUCCUCCACGAUGUUGAUACAGCUUUCGCUGGCCUCAACUCGACCCUCGCUGUACUGCGGGAAACGCCCAUCGAAGCCGUACUGCAGCCUCACGGUACCCCGCAGAAACACCUUUACGACUUCAUUGACAGCGCUACCGUCUCUAACCUGCAGGCUACACUGCGCGCUUGCAUCGACCGUUACAACCACGCUCAUGCAGCGCUAGAUGACAGUUCUGACGCCUUUGACACAUGGCUGGACAAUCUCCACUCGUCCAUCACGAACGUACCCAUGACUCCUGCGACGACAUCGAAUCCGAGCCCCAUACCGAGCCUGUACCGUCAUCUCGAGGGACAUGCCAAAGAGGCUGCUCAGGCCUUCCAAUCACUCGUCCAACACUACGAUCUGUGUAUAACAGCGUUGCGACACACCGAAGGAGGAUCUGCUGCUGCUACCCAGGCCACAGGUGACGCGCCAGUUCACUCGGCCGAUCAUGGUGCUGUACCCCCUGAACCCAUGAGCGAGCAAGAACGACGCGAUAUGCUUCAUGUUGUGCAAAAAGAUGCGCGCGAAGUCGAUCACGUCGUGAAUGAAAUACAAGAACGAGGCUCAGAAAUGACCUUUCUCUUGAGCCAGAUUGAGAACCAUGUCAACCACUUGCGGAGCGAAGCAUCGGCUCUCUCCAGGGCACUUGACAUCAUAUCGCACAUGACUGUUCAGGUCAAAACCUACAUUGCCGCAUCACGUUCUUUUCAUACCUCAUGGCUCCACGACACGCGCCCUAGCCUCCUAAACGGCAUUGACGAGUGGGAGAACCAGCGCGAAUUUUACGAGCGCUUCGACCUUGCAUACGCCGAGCUGCUCGUCGAAAUAGCCUCUCGGCGUCGACGACAUGAGAAGGCGAAGCGCAAGGCCGAAGAAGCGCAGAGAGAACUGGACAGGUUACAUCUCGAAGACGAGCGCGCAAGGGAGCAGUUUACUUUGGCUCAAGGAGACUUCCUACCGCUGGAUAUAUGGCCAGGUCUGAGAGAUCCGCCGAGGCAGUACGAAGUUAGGGUCGUGCCCGUUGCUGGGAAUGAAGAGGACAAUGAUAUACAAGCAGCAGGCGAUUGGGGCGACGGCAGAGAAGGCGGUGGUGGCGGUGUACAAAGCAUACCACAGCUCGGUAGAAACGUAGUCGAACGAGCUCUUACAAGAGUCAAGAGACGAAUGUGA